UUCCAGGAGUGCUAUGACUUGCCGUAUCGAUCUUGCUUGCAACGCUGCAUGAAUGGAAGUCUCUGUAACUUAACUCUGCGAAUGUCGCUCCUUUUAAUCACAAUUUUGUGUUCAAUAGAACACGGGGCAUGCCAUCGAGUCAGUCAAGUUCGGUUAGACAUGCGCGUGUCCCUUAACUGUCGAUCGAACUCUGCCUGUGGUGUUGUCAACCAGGCGUUCAGGCGAUGUGAUCAUUGGCAUUUUACAGGUGGGAUGACGACCCUUAGAUUAUGUGUCUAUUAA